GGCGAAUUUAUUUGUUGGGUUCCCGGUACCGUUGUGGGCAGAACCGGCCGGGUGUCGCUCCCUCACUGUGCAGUGUGGGACGGAGGAGAGGGGAGAGUGCGAUGGUUCGAGGUUCCGGGCGCGCGCGCGCGCGAUCGGGAGCGCGCGGGCAGGGCGAGGGGGGGCUCGAAGACGGGGGUGUGGUGGCCGUGGUGGCGGAAACAAUAGAUGAGAACGCAGAAAUGAUCGUCCCCCCCCAGAGUGCCCGCGGCCCCGCGCCGACGACACUGUGAGUGUGACAGCUCGCGCGGGGGUGUCUCCACGGGAGGGGCUUCGACUCGAACCCAGAUCCGAGCGCAGGAGGCGCAGGAAGAGAAGAGAGACACAAAGCAACACGUCGUCGGGCGGGUUCGGGAGCCCGAUCGAGGAUCUACCCCCCCCCUCCCCGCCCCUGUCCGAAAGUGCCCCGCAGCUGCAGGCUUUUCCGGGAAGUUCACGCAUCUGCCCGGAAGUUGGGCGCCGGCGAGGGGCAGCUCCGAAAGUCCCCCCACUUACGCAACUUCGGGACCGCGCGACAUGGCCGGGGUCCGUCCGUACGGCCGCUUCACCCACGCCGUGGUCCGUGGCGUCCCGGGGUCCUUCGGGAAGACGGCGGCCGAGGGAGACGCCGCCGGGGACGCUCAGACAGAUUUGGCCAAAGCGCAGCGCCAGUUCGGGGUCCUCACGGGGGCCCUCAGGCAGAAGGUGGGGCUCCAGCUCAUCGAGAUCCCCCCGGACCCCGAGCUGCCGGAGAGCUGGCGGAUCGAGGACGUGGCCGUCAUCCAGGGCGAGACCGCCCUCGUCACGCGGCCCUGGAAGCAGCAGAGGCGAAGCGAGGCCGAGGCAGUGAGGCGCGUGCUGUCGGAGCUGAACCUUACCGUGGUGGAGAUGGGGGACGAGGAGGGCGGGUCGGCCGGAGCCACGCUGGAGGGCAGCGACGUGCUGUUCACCGGGAGGGAGUUCUUCGUGGGCAUCUCCUCCCAUACGAACCAUCGGGGUGCCGAAGUGCUGGCUGACACGUUCAGGGAUUUCGCCGUCUCCACCGUGCCGGUGUACGGGGGGACUCGUCUCAAGAACGUGUGCUCUAUGGGGGGUCCCGACACCAUCAUCAUCAGCAGCAGCGAGGGGGCCAAGAAGACGCUCAAGAUGAUGGAACAGCUCACUGACCACCACUACGACGUGCUGACCGUCCCCGAAGAUGCGGCCGCCAACUGCAUCUACAUCCGGGGUCCGUCCCAGGUGGAUUACCUGCUCCACCCCCCUGCCGACGAGUGUCCCAACAGCGCCGCCGCCUUCCAGAAGCUGACGGACUACACCUUGCUCCCCACAGCCUGCAGCGAGGCCGUGAAGCUCGGAGGGGCGCUGUCCUCUUUCUGCCUGCUCAUCAACCGCAAGCCGCAGCUGUAACCGCACACGCACACACACACACGCGCGCACACACACACACACGCGCACACACACAUCCCUCUCGGCCGGGGGAUCGGAGCCGUGCCGAAGGGCGCCGCCACUCCCGUGUUGUUUGGAGGAGCCAUGGGGUCACUGCCGCAGACUCUGGCUCAUGAUACACAGCUUAGACAGAUAUUCUGGGAAAUUAGACGUCUUUACAUAGUUAUCGCAAAAAAGGGCCUUAACGUGCGACCGAAAUAAUGUUUUACAAAAGGGCGAUGGGGAACGGAUCCAUUCUUGGGAGAUUCCGAAGAGCUUUUUGAAGGAUAUAUGCUUUUCGUCAACCAUUGCGAGGGUAACGUAAACGGCGCGAAAACAAAACGUGCGUUUGCUAGAAACCUGCAGUAUCGACCUUCCGCGAUACGCAAACGUCAAGGGAACCGGGAAAGUUGGCAUCCUUUGCAUUUAAUUUAGCAGUUUUUCUGUUAGUUGGUUGAAGGACUGUAGUGUUCAGCACGUUAGCUCCAGUUAACGGUAGAAAUAUUAAUCAAACGAGGGUUGCAGCAGACUCCUGCCGUCGACGUGACUGCAUGGGCGUUCUUUGGGUUGUUGGGAUGCGCCAGUUCACGUUUUCUUCUGCUCCGUCUUUGCCCUGAAUUGCCGCCGCGUCGUGGGUAGUCCGUGCGGAGCGGUAGCCUCAUGUAGGGUAAUUAAAAGGAAUGAAGUACGACACAAGCGUUUAUUGUUUUGCGCAGGGAGGGCCGACUGUGUGGGGGUGGGAAUGUUUCACAUGCAAAUGAGAGGUUCUGGAAGCCCACUUCUCCGUGCUAAUCGCAUUGAAGGAGAGCACUUUCCCAAUAGAUUUUCACCCUCUUGCCCCAUGAUGCGACUGACAUUGAGAAAAUUAUUUCUCAUACACUAAGUGGCAUAUGCCUCAAGUCCCAAAAUAUGAAGUGCUAAAUGCUUCCUCCAUGUGUUACUAUAUAUUCUGUACCUCCUCUUCCUUCAGCCUGUUCCUGCGCAUGUGAAUUUUAAACCGCCUGGUACCCUAUAGGUCUGUUCUCUGCUAAAACAAAAACUAAUUUCUACAUUUUCUAUACAUUUUUGUAGUGCGUUUUGUAUGUGAUGCUUCAUAGCUGUAGCAUUUUAGAUAAACAUGAUAAAAAGUCCAGUGUACAUUGCUUCUGCAGAUUAUUUUGUGGUACUGCUGCAUGACUACUCUGGCUGUGGGAUUCUGCAGUCAUGGCCAAGCUGCAGACAUACUUGUGUAAACUGUUCAAAGUACUGCAAACUCCUGCUUAAAAAAAAAAAAAAAAAAAUCACACAGCUCUCACCAGGACUUUAGUGAUCAUGG